AUGGUACCACAGUGCUUGGUCUUUGGUGUGGACCUGGAGAAGGAAUCCCUCCUAGACACUGACAGAACAUCCCAUGGUUUUCAGAUGGCCAGGCCCCAGAAGACUCUGCUGCCCCUUCCUCAGACAGAAGGGGACCAGGCAGCUACCACUGUGUCCAUCAUCUUGCCUAACCUGAAGCACAGUUUCUUCGACCAUUCCCUGAACCAGGAACUUCUCCACCCUGUCCGGCGGCUCUACAGCCCCUCCCCAAUUCCAACUCCCAAAUCACCAAAGAAGCCUAAGGUGCAGGUGCCUGGAGAUGUGUUCCCCGCUGACUGGAGCCCACCACCUAUACAGUUCCUGAGCCCGAGGGUACUGCAAGCCAGCCAGGAGGCCCCAGCCCAGAUAUCAGUAGGUGCGGCAGGACCCCAGGGCCUGAGGAGACUGGUUCACCAGCUGCCCAAGGAGUUGGAGCAAGAGCUCCUAGACUCAGACCCGAAGGGGGGUCUGGCCUCAUUGGAAGAGCUGUUCUGCAACAUGGCAGGUCCAAGCCAGCAGGCUAUAGCACCACAGUCCACCUCUGGGGGUUCAGAAAGCUAUGUCAAUAGCUUGGAUUACUUAUUGCAAGAGAAGAGGGAACAGGCCCUCCAGCAGGAGCGAGAGAAGCUGCUUCUGCAGAACUGUUCCAAUCUUGCCUCCUUAGAUCCUGAUGAAGAUGAAGUGCUUCUCACACCUGAGCACAGGAUGCUGGUGGAAAGGUUCUCCGUGUCACUGCAGGCUAUCCCACUAGUACAUCCAGGCAAGAUUGUGUUUCUGCCCAGACAUCAUCCCCUGCCAUGUAUCCUGGACUCUUCUCACCUGAAGCCACGGAACUCCCUGGAAGAGCUGUUCCUCAGCUCCCCGCUGGCCCAGCAGCUGUCCUUCCUGCACAAUGGCCUCCUGAGCACCCUCUACCUGCACGUGCCUGAUUGCCCAGUUCCCCUGCUUCAGUGGCUGUUCCAGCUGUUGACAUGGCCUCCAGAAACUUCUGUGGUAGCCUUCAGUCUCCUCUGGGAUCUCAGUGUGGAUGGGCUCUUCUGUAAGUCUGAUAGAGACAUGCACUUGUGGUGCCCCUCACUGCAGGAGAUCAUGGAGGCAUUUCAUAGCCUGGGAGCCCAUGACCCUGCUCUGUGCCCCCAGGGACUCUGUCAGCACAGCAGCAGAGAGCUUAGCAGUGAGGCCAGCCUGAGCGGAAAUGAGCAGCAGGACACUCCCCAGGAGGUUGCCUUGGACAUUAGUCUGAGCUACAUCUAUAAGUUCCUCACACUGUGUGCCGUGGCCCAACCGGGGGCCUACACUGAUGGGAGCCUCAUGGAUCUGAUUGAACUGCUGUGUCACACUGGCCUGGAUGUGGGGCUCCGGCUGCUGCCUAAGGCUGACCUCCAGCAGCUCCUGCUCCUGCUCCUGGAGAACAUUCAGGAGUGGCCAGAGAAGCUCCAGCAGCUGUGCAGCACCCUGAGCCGGGUGUCAGACCACCACCACAACCUGCUGGCCCUGGUGCAGUUCUUCCUGGACGUGACCUCCCGGAGCAGGCAGCUUCGAAGCCAGCUCAGCCUCGUGGUAAUUGCUCGAAUGUUGGGCCAGCAAGAGACGCUCCAUCUCUGGCAAGAGAAGACCAGGCUGUCCUCUCUCAGCCAGCUCCUGUACCUCAUGAAGCCAUCAUCCCUCAAGCAGUACCUGGGCUUUGAGUCCCUGCCACCCUGCCAGGAGCAACAGCCAAAGACCAGUACUGAGCUAGACUAUAAGGCCUGCUACAUGUGCCACAGCCUUCUGACACUGGCUGGGGUGGUGGUCAGCUGCCAGGACAUUACUUCAGACCAGUGGGGUGAGCUGCAGCUGCUGUGCAUGCAGUUGGACCACCACAUCAGCACCCACAUCCGGGAGAGCCCCCAGGCCAUGCACCGCACCAGACUCAAAGACUUGGCUGCCCAGACCUACAUCCGUUGGCAGGAGCUGCUGGCCCACUACCAGCCCCAGGCCCAGUACUUCAGCCCCUGGAAAGACAUCUAAAGGAGCUGAGUUGGGGUAGCCCAGGGCUCUUGGCUUCAGCAGAAAGUGACCAGGGCUCAGGGAACUGGAAGAAGCAAAGAAUCAAGACCAGCGGGGGUCUAGAUGCUGACCAGCCUGGUAAAGCAAGACCCUGCCUCCGCCAUUGCCCCUGCCCCUACUCUGACAGGGUUUACCUCUCCCUGCUAUGUCCACCCUCAGCUGUCUCCUCUCCCAGCCAUCUCCUCUUCCCUAAGGCUUUUGUCUUCAUAGCUCUGGUUUCCCUGGGCCCUCAUAGGCCUCAGUCCUCCCCACCCUCUUUCUUCUCUCUCUCUCUGUCACUAAUGUGAGGUUUCUUUGUGCACAUUAAAGUCUUAUU